GUCGUUAGUGGGAAGAAGAAGCCGAUUCUGGAAGCCAUUACGCUGCGCACAUCAAUUGAGUAAAUCCUACUAUUUUUGCGUACAAUACGCACAAUUACCUCUUCUUAAGAGGUUUCUCUGCAAUUAUGGCAUCGGCCGCCAAAAAGAGAAAAAUGAAUUUCUCGGAGCGGGAGGUGGAGAUCAUAGUGGAAGAAAUAGAGAAACAAAAGCACACACUGGUUAACCACUUCAACGCUGGAGUCACGCACAUGGCCAAGAAUAACGCGUGGCUGGACAUCCUGAAGAAGGUCAACGCCGUGACCACCUGCCCGCGCGAGCUGCCCGAGGUGAAGAAGAAGUGGUCCGACAUGAAGACGGAGGUCCGGCGGAAGGUGGCCCACGCGCGCGCCGCCAUCGAGGGCACGUCGGCGGACUGCACCCCGGUGCCCGUCAUCCUCACGGCCAUGCAGCAGCGGAUCUGCAACCUGCUGGGGGAGGCCACCAUCAUCAACCUGCCCGCCGGGGACUCGGACGCGGAGAUCACGCUGCCGGUGACGGUGAACGCCGCCACGGCCGUCACGCUGGCGGAGGCUCUCCCGGCUGGUCCAGGAACCAUCUGUGACGACUCCAAGCCCCUGAACGCCGAGACGGCGUACCACACCCUGGAGGACGGCGCCGUGGUGGAGUACUGCACCACCACGGUGGGCGAGGCGGCCCCCGCCGUGGUGACGGCCGUGGAGGCCCCGGUGGAGAUGCUGGCGGCGUCCUCGGCGUCGCCGCCGCCCCAGCAGAGCCAGAGCAAACCGCAGGAGCUGAAGAGCCGCAUUGCGCUGAACUCGGCGCGCCUGCUGCAGGAGCAGCGCGUCACCAACGUGCACAUCCGGCAGAUCGCGCAGCACCUGGAGGGACAGAACGAGCUGCUGCAGACCAUGCGGCGCUCGCAGGAGGCGCAGGCCUUCGCCCAGGAGCGGCAGGCCCAGGCGCUGGAGGGCACGCAGGCCGCCCUGCUGGCGCUGGUGCAGAUGCUCCGGCCGGCGCUCAAAGACCUGCGCAAGUUCCUGCAGAGCGGCGCCGAGGCCGCCAACCCCGGCGGCGCCGCGGCCGCCGCUGCCGGGGCGGAGGAGCAGAACAGGCCCAGAACGCCUCCUCCACCCCCUCCCCCACCUCCACCGCCCCCUCCACAGCAAGCCCAGGACGCACAAUAGACACGUGCACGUGCACAGAGCUCAGAGAUGCCUUAGGAAGAACUCGAACACAGCCCUGCCUCGGGGUUUGGUGUUUUUGGUGAAGCGGUGACUGAAGCAGCGAAGCGUUACGGUUCGGGUCACAAACGUUUGAUACACAACUUCUGACCUGUUUUCAGUAAACACAGACCGGAAGCCACCGUCACUGAGGCCCACAUGUCACGCUGCCGCUCACACACACUGGCUGCACUGUGCACGCCCGGCCACUAGAGGGCAGUGUCUCCGCAGACGGUUUGAAGCUCCUCUGUCUGUUUCUCGUUAAACACACCAGAUUUCACGAGCUCAGAAUUCGGUGUCACACUUUAUUUUUCUAAUAAAAUAUAUAAAGCAGAAUUUAAAUGAAAACAGAGAAGUUUUGUACAAUCAUGGCAUUCAAGAAAAUGUUUCAGAGAUGUCAAAAAUAGAAGAAAGCAUUUUUUUAAAUAUAUUUAAAUAAACAAUAUCUAAAGGUAAAUGCACCCCGUCCAGUUUCUUGGCUGCAGAGAGAGAUUCUGGAGUAUGGACAGCCUUUCAGAGUCAACAUUUUAACCUCUGCUCGAUACAUUACAGCUGUACUUAGAUCAGAACCCUCUGCUGGUCUCUUUCAAACAGUCCAUUCUUUCUUUUGUGAUGCUGGAUUUGAGUUUUGUGUCUUCAGUUUUCUGAAAUAUAUUUUUUUUUUUCGACACUGCAGAACAGUUUAACUCAAAUAUGUCUUCAGAUUUCAUUCAUACUGUCUUCAGUGUAGGGAAGCAGCCUCACAGCAUGAUGGUACCUCCACCAUGCCUGCGCAGGGUUCCAUGUUUGUUUUGAUGGUUUGUAAACCAAACGUGUUGAAGGUGAUAUCAGAGCGUCUGAAGCAGCUUUUUGUGCCUUUCUGUCAGUAGUGCUGUCCUCCUGGGCCUUCACGGAGUCCUGCUUGCUGCAGCGCUCGGUGUCUGGCUGCUCCGGCUCAGCCUCAAGCUCGAUUUUAACCUUCUCACACACCUCUUCUUCUUUCCACCAGCAGGAAGCGUCUGAUCACUCCCAAAGCAGUGAUUUCAUGAUGUCCGCUGAUCACACUGUAGAUUUUGAGGCGAUUGUAUUUUAAAAACAUAUCUGAUCCCCCCACCCAAAAAAAACCUUUCCAACUGAAAACGGCUACAACCCCAUCUUGUUUGAUUUUUUUAUCGUAUAUUUUAAUCUGCUUUGCUAAAUUAUUUUUGUUGUUUCUUUGUACAUUUCAA